AACUCAGAAAUCAAAACUGAAUGGCGCAAGGCCAUAAGAUUCUAAGUUACGUUAUCAUUUUAAUGAUAAAAAGAUUUCUUAAAUAGUGAAUAUUGAAGUUAUAAUUAAAAAAUAUUUAAUUUACCAAAAUGGUUGUUGGUGCAUUUCCAAUUGCUAAAUUGUCAGUGUUAUUAGUUAAACAGAUCAGUAAGCCUAUCGCUAACAUUUGUAAAGAAAGGGCCAAAAAUAGUCCAUUUUUUAGAACCUACGUAUGUAUGCCGCCAGCACAAUUCUACAACUGGUGUGAAGUUAAAGCAAAAAUGUGGAUUUUAAAUUUAGGAAAACCUGUAAAUAUUCCUGUUUUAAGUCAGGAAAUGGCUAUAGAACUAGGAGCUAAUCUCCUUGGCGAAACAGUAAUAUUUGUUAUUGGUGCUGGAUUGCUUGUGAUAGAAUAUAAUAGACAAAGUAAAAAGGAAGCUGCGAAAGAAGCAAAAAGAGAAGAUGAAAUGAAACACAUUACUGGAACAAUAACAGAUUUAUAUUUCACGGUUCAACAUCAGCAGACACAAUUGCGGGAAAUGGAGAGAAUGAUACAUUCACUAGGUGGGGACAAAUUAAUGACACCUCCAACUUCACCACCCAGUGGGCCAGUACUGCCAGAAUCACCAAAGGUCCCUCCUAAACCUCAGAACAUUGGUCAUAUAGUAGAGUACAACAUACAUUUAUCUCCUGCACCUUACCCUGAUGAUGGUGUUAUACUUAAAUCACUAAAUUACAUCCAAAUGGAUGUUUUUAGUUCUUUUUUUAGUAAUUCAAAUGGAAAAGAAAGCACUCAAAAAGUUGAAAGAACAACAACACAACCUAAACGAGAACCUGCUCUACUCUCAGAAACAUUACAUAACAUAGAAAAUAAUUUUAGAAGUUUAUUUUAAGUAUACCAAAAAGUUGUUUGUAUAUUUAAAUAUGUUUAAAAUGUAGUAAACUAUUUAUUUGUUAAAAUUUAAGGAGAGAUUUUUUUAAGAAUUCAUUCUUCGUGAAAAGGAUUGUUUUGACAUGUAAGUUAUAUGUGAUAUAAAAUUAAUGAAAAACCAUUGAUAGACCUAUAAAAA